GCGCGCGCACGCGGUGACGCGCACGCCUCAAGUUGAGCGUGAGCGGUGACGAGCCCCACAGAGGAGCUUUCCUCCAGACCUGCGUCAGACGCACGUCUACUUUAUGUUUUUGUGUCGGAUAUGUGUGGCAUUUGCCUUAGUAUCAAUGUAAUAUUUGCACGGUUGAGGCUUGGAAGCCAAGUUUGAGCGUUUAGUAGACGGCUCGCUUGGCUACUUAACGACACAGAAGUCCCUGGAAGAAAUUGACGCGGAUUGAUACAAUUCGACGCAGGGGCUCGGAGAGGAGGGUGGGGGAACCUUUUUCUCAAGUGCGACUUUGCGUCCUUUCUCGCCUGCAAUCGUCCCCAGAAAUGGUGGGGCACCUUCACUUGCAAGCGAUGGAGGAAAGUCUCAAAGGAAAGAACCGGGAAGGGCUGCUCGACAGCCCGGACUCGGGGCUGCCUCCCAGCCCAAGUCCGCCCUUCUGCUCCCUUUCUCCCGCUCUCAUCGAGCCGCGCUCCGGCAGUUGCGCGACCCCCGUGGAGAGCCAGCAGCAAUCGGCCUGGAAGAAGGACGUGACUCGGGAGGGGAAACUGCUGCCUUACCUACUGCUCAACAACACAGGAACGGACACCAGGCCCCGCAUGUAUCCUGUCUUCUAUGGGGAGAGCAUCGAAGUUGACCCAAAGCCAGAGCAAGAAGUCAAGUGCACAUCAGCGGUCCGUUACGACUCGGACAAGUAUUACCAAAACCGGGUUUACUGUGUCCCCGUUCCCACGGUGACUGCAUAUAGCGAGACGGUAGUGGCGGUGCCCAACUGCACCUGGAGGAGCUACAAAUCCCAAGUGUACCUGGAGCCGCGGCAGAAGCCCGUCAGCUACCAGACCACCACCAUCGUGUACCCAAAACACGCCAAGAACAUUUACCGCACCACGCUCAUCUAUAAGGCCACGGCUGCACGUCGUUGGUUCGUCUCCAGCGUGCAGCUGGAGUCCUGCGAAGAUUCAAGUCCUUGUAUCAUUUACACGGAGGACCUGUAGGCCCGCACCCAACGUGUUUUUUUUUUUUUUUCCCCAAGGACUUGAGUACAACAUAUUAAAAGAGCAAGAUAACUGGAGGCAUAACCUUUUUUUUAUUUUUCUCAUCUCAACCCAAAGGAAAUCUUUCAACUUUGUACUGGUGUGGUUUUUGAAAACCUCAUUGGCUAAUAAUGUCUUACUAUUUAAGGAGAACGAGAGCUGACAUAACCCCUUUGCUCCUGCGGAAUUGACUUUUGUGAGAAGAGUCACGCAAGAGAUUACAGAGAGAAAAUAUCAUGACGAAGAGCUGAGGAUUUAAUUACAUGAGCUGGUGCAGCUUUUCUAAGUUGCACUUGUUUCCAUAUAUGAAAAGCAUCUCGAUGUGUGUGGGUGUGUUUGAACGAUUGGACCAAAGUAAGUUAGCAGCCACACAAGCUGCACAUGGCUUCAUCACACCAUUUUCUCACCAUAUUUAUAGCUAUACCUGAUUGUAACAUGGCAUCCUAUUUAUGCAUUAUAUAUAAUUAUACACUGGAGUAUGAGUGCCACACUGAAAAAAGGAGGGAAAAAACAGCCCACUAGAAUAAAGUAAAAAAAAAAAAUUCAGAGCACCAUUAUGUGCAGUUAAAUAUAU